AUGCCUUUCGAAGCAAUAUCUUUACCUAACAAACCUGUUGCUAUUCAGUUUGGUGCUGGCAACAUCGGACGCGGAUUCAUUGGCGCCGUACUAUCCCAGGCCGGCUUUCACGUAGUGUUUGCCGACGUACAAGUAAAGAUAGUAAACGCGCUCAAUGAGAAAGGCCACUACGAUGUUCAUAUACUCAAUGGCGAUACCCAGAUAGAAAGAAUUCAACCUGUGUCUGCUGUCAUAUCAACAGACCUCAAAGCUAUCGAAAAGAUCGCUAGAGAACCUUUGUCUAUCAUAACCACCGCCGUUGGCCCUAAUAUAUUACCUCGACUUGCGAAGCCUAUCGCGCAAAUAAUCCGAACAAGAAAGGAGGAGGGCAUGGGUCCAAUAAACAUUGUUGCAUGCGAGAACUUGCAGAAUGCCACGGAUAAACUUCGCGAGGCUAUCGAAUCUGAACUGAGCGAUGAGCAAGAACGGCUAUAUUUGCAAGACAAUAUAGGUUUCGCCAUUUGCUCGGUGGACCGAAUCGUCCCUCCUUUCUCAUCGGAAAACAUUCUCGACGUUGGGGUCGAGCCUUUUUUCGAGUGGACUGUUGAUUCAAACAGCUUGAAGAAGACCGAUCCAGAUGUCGUCAUAGACGGAAUGCAUGCCACAAAUAAUUUAGAUGCUUACGUCCAGCGUAAGCUGUUCACUUUAAACACCGGCCAUGCCAUCACUGCCUACCUUGGAUUCCUCGAUAAGAAGGACACGAUCCUCGACGCUAUCUCUGAUGACUCUAUCCACAAUGUUGUCUCAAAAGCGCUUCAUGAAUCCGGUGCCGCGCUGAUAGCAAAGCAUCAUUCGUUCUUCUCCAAAGAACAACACGAAGAUUACAUCAAAAAGAUCUUGAAGCGUUUCUCCAAUCACAACUUGAAAGACGAAGUAUCUCGUGUCGGAAGGGAACCUCUGCGCAAGCUGAGGAGAGGCGAUCGACUACUUGGUCCUGUGGAAAUGUGUCGUGAAAGGAAUUUAGAACACGAUACCCUCCUGCUUGGAAUAUCAGCAGCUCUUUUAUUCCACCCUACCGGUGUCCAUGAAGAUGAGGAGGCUAACGAGCUUCAGGAUAGGAUACGUCGAGAAGGUAUCGAAGCAGUUGUCUCGGAUCUCACUGGUUGGGAAAAAGAAGAUGAAGAUCUACGGAAGGUUAUCCGGGAAUACUCUAGAAUGAAGAAGGAUUAG